AUGAUAAAUAUUUUAUUACUGACGGCCAUUGUCGUUUUGUUUCAGAACUGGCUGUGUAAGCUGAUUAUAAGCUUAUGGCAGUACGUCAUCAUGGCAAACUACUCAUGGAUCCUCAUGGAGGGACUGUACCUGCACAAUCUGAUUUUCCUAGCACUCUUCUCGGACACUAGCGCCAUUCGCUUGUAUGUCGUUCUCGGCUGGGGGCUGCCGGUGCUGUUCGUGGGUCCCUGGGUGGCGGCACGCACUCUCCUAGAGGACGAGUUCUGCUGGACCACCAACAACUCGCACCUCUUCCUGCUCAUUCGCCUGCCUAUCGUCGCGUCCGUGCUGGUCAGUUUCGGACUUUUCAUUAACAUUUCACGAGUUCUGCUGACUAAGCUGCGUUUUGCACCACAUCUGGAAAGACGUCGAGUUCGAUAUCGGAGGGCUUCGAGCGAGAAUCGUGCCAACCCACUCACCUGCAUCUUCCUCCACAGCGCCCUCCGCUACCUCCCGCUUGGCUUGCAGGUGGCGCAGCCGUCGGCGAACGGGGGGGAGGCGGUGUCGCCGCCGGCCGUGCACUCCUUCGUCCCGCCCGCGCCGCCGGCCGCCGCCGUCGCCGAGGGGCGCUCGUGGCCAGCCAAGGCGCCGCCGGGCCGCUUGUUGCAGAUGGCGGAGCUGGGCCGCGCCAACGGACGCGUGCGCACCAUCUCGGCCUCCGAGGACGAGCGGGAGCGCGUGCGCAGCGCGCAGGCUUAG